AUGCAGACGACAACAUCGUACAACAUUGUACACCCUGUACCACUCCCGACAACACCACCACCACCACAAUUCCUACCCCCAACAUAUCUGAAGAAUGAUCCUAAUGAAGAUGAACAUCAAUUGAACCUGUGGAAAAGUUUAUUUUUUAAAGUGAAUGUAUUAUUAGAUGAGGCGGAGAAAAUAAGCAGUGAAACGAAUAAAAUGAACAGCGAAGUGAAUAGACUAAACACCAAUCUGUUGAAUGUGAACAAUAAAAUUGAUGAUUUAGACAAAAGGCAACAGGGACAUGAACACGUGUCGUUAAUUGGUGUCAACUUGGACGAGGGACAACAGGAACAAGAAGCGGAAGAUGAAAAUAAAGUGCAGACAAUAAUGGAUCACAUAUCAUCUGUAAAUGUCACCUUGAUCGAAGAAGUUACGAAGGGGCGACAGGAACACGAAAAUAAUAUGAAAAUAUUAUUGGAGCAAAUGUCAUCUAUGAAUGCCACCCUUACGAAGAAGGAGGUCUGUACAGAGCAACAGGAGCACGAAAAGGAUAUGAAAAAACUAAUGGAGGAAGUGUCGUUAAUGAAUGUCACCUUGAACGAGAGAAUUGACGAAUUGAACAAAAGGCAACACGAACAAGAAAAGGAUAUUAAGAAAAUACUGGAGCACGUAUCGAGAAUGGAUGUCACUUCGGAGGAAGCUUAUACAAAUAACGUUGAGAUUUUACAAAAUUGGACAACAAUUCUCCGACGAAUGGAUGGUUCUGUCAAUUUUUACCGUAGUUGGAGUCAAUUUGUAAAAGGCUUUGGAAAUCCACCUAAUGGCGAAUUCUUCAUUGGACUAGACAAAUUGCAUAAAUUAACGACAACUGUUCCCGAUGUCGAAUUAAAAGUGAUUUUAAAAGAUUGGGAGGGUGAAGAACGUUAUGCCAUCUAUGAUGGCUUUCGAAUUGCUGAUAAAUCAGAAAAAUACGAACUGAAGUUACUAGGCGACUAUAGGGGAAAUGCUGGUGAUUCAAUGGCAUACAGCAAAGGACAGAAGUUUACUACCUUUGAUGAGGAUAAUGACAAGAAAAAUGACGGUAAUUGUGCCUAUGUUUAUAAAGGAUUAAAGAUUUCUUUUCAUUAUCCAAAGCUUAAGGUUUACGACAGCCAAGGGACCGGCGAAAUUGAUCGCUAUAAACGUUAUCAAAUAAAG